AUGGUAGCCAAGAUCACCAAAGAUCGAUCACACUGCGACGACCUCAAGAAAAUUUUCGAACAGAUCCGAUCAUACAAUAUGAGACUCAACCCGGAAAAAUGCGCCUUUGGAGUUCAAGGAGGCAAAUUCCUUGGAUUUAUGUUAACCUCACGAGGUAUUGAAGCAAACCCUGAAAAAUGUGAAGCAAUACUCAACAUGGCAAGCCCUAAAACGAUAAAAGAGGUACAACAAUUAGCAGGAAGGGUAGCUGCACUCUCUCGAUUCUUGCCAGUAGUAUCAAGUCGGUCACACCUAUUUUUCCAGACGAUCUUAAAGAAUAAAAAAUUUCAAUGGACCCCAGAGUGCGAGAACGCGUUUGCCGAGCUUAAAACCAUCUUAUCAUCACCACCCGUGCUGCAAAGACCUGAAGUUGGUAAACCUCUAUAUUUAUAUUUGUCUAUUUCCAAUCACUCUAUAAGCUCGGCUCUUGUCAUUGAGGCAGGAAAGACACAACAGCCAGUAUACUUCGUCAGCAGAGUCAUGCAACCAACAGAACAAAGGUACCCGAGGAUAGAGCAGCUAGCCCUGGCACUUAUGGUCACGGCAAGAAGACUAAGACACUAUUUCCAAAGCCACACAAUAGUAGUAAGGACAAACCACCCAUUAAGGCAAAUAUUGACAAAACCAGAACUGGCCGGACGCCUGACCAAGUGGUCAAUUGAGCUCUCAGAGUUCGACAUUCAGUUUCAGCCCAGAUCGGCCCUCAAAGCACAAGUUCUUGCCGACUUCAUCACAGAACUGACUCCUGACGAGCACAAUAAAACUUGGGAAUUACAUGUGGACGGAGCAUCAAGCCGAGAAGGAAGCGGUGCCGGUAUAAUCCUGAAAGAAGGAAACGAGGUGGUAGCAGAACAAGCUCUCCAUUUUCACUUCUCGGCGAACAACAACCAGGCCGAGUAUGAAGCCCUCAUAGCAGGACUCAAGCUCGCCCUAAGCCACCAAGUACAAAGCCUAACAGCACACUGCGACUCCCUCUUGGUGGUCCAACAAAUCCGAGGAGAAUUUCAGGUAAAAGAUCCUUUGCUAGAACAAUACUGGCUCAUAGCAAAGGAUCUAAUUUCAAAUUUUAGUUCUUUUACUAUAUUACAUGUGCAUAGAGAACAAAAUGUCAGAGCAGACAUACUAUCCAAGCUCGCUGCCACCAGGGCAGAUACACAAACAUCAACAUUAUCACAACAUACACUCACAAAACCCAGCAUUGAACUGUUAUAUAUAGAAAACAUUAACCACCUCCAUGACUGGAGAAAACAUUUUCUUGAGUACAUACGCACAUGUAUCAUACCCAGGGACGAGCCCAACCCCCAACAGUUCAGACGUAAAGCAAGCUUCUACACAAAGAUAGCAGGAGAGCUAUACAGACGCGGUUUCUCACAGCCACUGCUAAAAUGUUUAAACAAAGAUGAAGCCAGAGAGGUGAUGGAUGAAGUUCACGAAGGUGUAUGUGGAAACCACAUAAGAAGACGAGCUCUCGCUGCAAAAAUAGUCCGAACAGGCUACUACUGGCCGACCAUGAAGAGAGAUUGCAUAGCAAAAGUCAAAGCAUGUGACAAAUGCCAAAAGCAUGAAGCCAUCUCCACGACGACGGCCGAGGUAUUGCACAGCAUGGAGGCCAAAGCUGCUAACCGAGUUGUGUUGCAGGCAAUAAAGAGAAAGCUCGACAAUGCGAAGGGAGAAUGGGCCGAGCUAAUACCAGAAGUAUUGUGGAGUUUCAAUACCACGAUACAUAACACUACGGGCGAAACACCCUUCAAGUUAGUUUAUGGCUCAGAAGCGCUAAUCCCUGUGGAGGUCGGGAUACCGACGUUAAGAGUCGAGCUAUACAACGAGCAACAAAACAUAAAUGUUAGAAAUGCCGAACUUGACCUAGCCGAAGAAGACAGGGAAAUUGCCGCCAUCAAACAAAGAGCCCAGAAAAAACUGGCAGAAAGAAAGCACAAUAAAAGAGUAGUACCGAGGACAUUCGUGGAAAGCGACUUAGUGCUCAAACGAACAGAAGAGGCCAGACGACCUCCAGCACAUGGCAAGCUCGCCGCAAACUGGGAAUGCCCCUUCCGAGUAGUAAAAGUGCUCGGCAUGGGGGCAUAUCAACUUCAAACAUUACAAGGCAACACCAUACCAGAAAACUGGAACAUCUCUUCACUCAAAAUGUAUAGAUCAUAA